AUGAUGGUCAAUCAAUCUCAGAUGUUUUUGGUUGCACAAACGCUGCACAGUUACAAGUCCGAAAAAAAAAUUUCUAUUCUCUGUGUUGAAUUCAUACAAAACAUUUUAAAAAGAAAAGAAAAAACUCUUCUCACUCAACGUCUUCAACACAAUUUCUCAAUAACAAACAGCGCUCAGUCUUUUUCAACUCUUCUCACGUGUCGGUUCAUUUUUCUUGAGGUGCUAGAAAAAUAUAUUCUCAAGACACACGGUUUAUUGGUGCAUUGUGUUUACCUACGAUACGAUGAUGAUGAUUCUUGUGAAUCCACAAUAACAGUUGGAAAUGGUAGUGCUGUUAAGAAAAAAUAA